AUGUUUAAGAAGCAAGAACUUUACGGUGGAGCUAUUGUCACUGUGAUACCUGAAGGUUUCCUUGAUGCCUCUAUUUUGAGAGAAGUUCCGGAUACACAAGAGGUUUUCGUUAACAGCAGAGAAGAUAGCGAGGAGAACAAGUUUAACGAUGGACUUGGAACAAAUGAGAGCGUGAUAAUCGACCUUUUGCAGGCAGUAGACGAGCCCAAUGACCGCGAGGCUUUAUCUGUGCAUAUCCAGGAAAUUACGAGCAUGAACGGAAGCAAUGACUGGAAGUUGGUGCGAUAUGAGAGUCCAGCGCCACACGUACAGACUUGUAUUGCAGUCGAGUCUGCUUACAAAUGGGGGAAACGUGAUAUGAAAGAAACGCUUGUCCUAUGCCUUGCACUUCUAAGGCUUGAAAAGGUGCAAACCGAUGUUGUUCUGAGCGUGAAUGUUCCUUUGGCGGACACUACAGAGAUUCAAGCAAUGUCCGAGGCAGUAAAUGAUUCCGGCAACAUCCCACCCCGUAUACAGGCCGCUUACACGCUAGUGAAGGAGAUGGCCAACGAGUUUAAAGUACUUGACGAGUCUUUAUUCGUAUAA